AUGCAGCAGAGGGUUGUCUACUCCUCCACCGACUACCGUACGCCAUACCACCACGACGAUUCACACUUUACAUACGGUAACAGGCAAACAACGGGACUGCGCACGGAUAUCACAACGGCCAGCAGCGCCCCUGCAUCGCCGGCGCAUGCGUUCGGCCGCCUGGCGUACGAAAAGGCGGCGAUUUCCGGAACCGCUCUGGUGCCCAUCGACAGUUCGUCGGCAGCGCUAGCUAGGCGGCCAAGCACCGUCACGGAGGCGUAUCACGAAGUGAAAGGCUCGAAGCAGAGGGAGAGGCUCAACAGCACUUUCGACGACUGUAUACCCACGGAGAACCAUCUACAAUCGCUGUCGAGGCAACUAACAGCGACCACGAGGCCAAUAGACGACUACGUGGAGGCCAAACCGGUGGAGGCGGUCGACGAGGAGCCGGAGUACCCUCACCUGGCGCUAGACCUUAGUGUGCUCACGCAGACAAAGCACAAAAACGACCACAACACGAAGCCAAAACAUGUGGAGCGACGAGCCGCGGCGCAGCAGAAGGAGCCGCAAACGGAGGCCAAGCUCAUCGUCGGAAAGCCGCGCCACCCGUACGCCGUGCAAUUCAACGACCCCGUCGAGAAAGAGCUAGGAAGGUGGCAUAAUUCGCACGUGUCAACGAUAAAAUGGACGCGAAUCAAACGCGGUGUGUACACCGCAGACGACCAGCAGGUCACGCUCGUCAAGCUCAACGGCGGCCUGUACGUGAAAGGCACCAACGGCAAGAAAAAACAGGAGCACAUCCCAAUCGAUAAAUUCGCCCAGCGGCUGCAGAAGACGGGCAGCGCCUGA